CAGUUGGGUGGGAUCUUAUGGAGAGGAGCUAUAAAUACUCAUUGACGCUCUCAGGACUCAGACCAGCAGCAGCUGUCUGCUUUCAGCUCAGCAUGUCUCUGUCGGUGAGUCCCAACACGGUGCGCGUGGUGUUCCUCGGGGCUGCAGGCGUCGGUAAGAGCGCGCUCAUCCGUCGUUUCCUCCACGACCGCUUCGAGCACAAAUACACGCGCACCGUGGAGGAGCUCCACGUGCUGGAGUACGACACCGCUGGAUGUGGGAAGAUGCGUCUGGAGAUCCUGGACACGAGCGGCAGCUACUCGUUCCCGGCCAUGCGGGAGCUCUGCAUCCGACACAGCGACGCCUUCGCCCUGGUGUACGCGGUGGACGACCCCGGCUCCUUCGAGGAGGUGCGGCGGCUCCGCGACGAGAUCCUGGAGCUGCGGGGCGGCAAGAGCGCGCCCAUCACGGUGGUGGGGAGUAAAGCAGAUCUGACGGAGGCCGAGGGUCGUGUGCUGCAGGCUGGGGAAGCCAUGAGCACGGUGGAGGGGGAGUGGUUGGCUGACUUCGUGGAAGCGUCGGCGCGCACAGGUGCGAACACAUUGCGGGUGUUCGGCUCGAUGCUGCAGCAGGUGAACUUGCCGCACCGGCUGAGUCCUGCGGUGCGGAGACGCAGAGACACGGAGCCCAGAGCAGGAGGGAAGAGGAGAGCUCCUCUGAGGAAGAACAACAGCUGCAUCCACUCAUAGAAACAGUUUGUUGAACAAAGACUGCAGCUGGUCUGCUCAUGUUCAGGUGGAAUAAAGUUCCCAGUGGACUCUAUGGAACAGCAAAGUUUCUAUAACUAUAAACCUUAUGUGUUUACUAUUCUUACUCUUUUUUUAAAAAAAAACUCAUUAAUAAAAUAUCUUUAUUGUUUGUUGUUUGCUGUUUCAUGUUUAAAUAAACCAAUAACUCAUC